AUGGCUUCAAAAGAUAUCCUUGAUUUUUAUCGUCAACAUACACCUCAGACUGAACUUGGAGUUGCCGGAAAGAAGCUCUACGACUCUUUGCCUAAUCACAAUCUCGAAACUUUGGUAAAAGCAUGUCAGAAUGUCCAAAUUCACCCCUUUGUACUUUCAUGGUACGGAGCUGAAUCAAUCCCAGAAGCUCAACGAGAAAGUGACCUGGGACUAAGGACGGCUGAAAGUGUAUUAAGCCAAUGGAAGGCUAGGAAUGGAACGGAUCUUUGUAAACCUUCUGAUCCUACAAACCGUGUAGUUGGAAAUUGUAGGUUCUUUUCCACGCUAUUGCUCUCCUUUUUACGAGAAUCUGGAGUAUCUGCUCGUGCGAGGUGUGGUUUUGGAACCUACUUCGUGCCGAAAUUCUAUAUGGAUCAUUGGGUGGUCGAGUACUGGAACGCUGUUACUAGUGAAUGGAUUCUGGUUGAUGCACAACUUGAUGAUAUAUUCAAGACUAAAAAUAUGAUUGACUUCGAUACACUCAAUGUACCACGUAACAAGUUUGUUGUAGGAGGUGACGCAUAUGAACUCGUAAAAUCCAAAGGCGAGAAACAGGACAGCUUUGGUCUGCCAUUCGUAAAAGGUAUUGGUCUAGUAGUCGGGAACGUGCAGCGAGACAUUGCCGCAUUGAAUGGCCGAAUAGUCUUGCCUUGGGACGGAUGGAAAGGCUGUUUGUCUAUGAUGGUCCCAAUCUAUGGAGAGAUUCCUCCUGCAUUGGUCGACUUGGUCUACCGCUCCGAAUUGGAUCCAACAAAUUUCCUCAAACGAACAUCACGUAUAUGGCCCAAAAACAUUGCGACGAUCCAUGCCGAAACGGGAAGAAUUGUCACGUACUUGGAGAUGAGCAUUCGUGUGCGCAAGUUUGCGUCGGCAUUGAUUGCUUACGGCAUUAAACCUGAUGACAAGAUUGCCUUCCUGGCUCCAAACAUACCAGCCCUGCUUGAGGCGCACACGUCGGUCCCAUUGGCCGGUGCAGUUCUCGUGGCAAUCAACACGAGGCUGAAUGAAUCUGAGGUGGAAUACAUCUUGAGCUUUUCAGAGUCCCGAAUCCUCUUUAUCGAUUGGGAGUACGCGUCGCUUGCCGCAGCAGCUAAGAAGGCUGGUGUGGAAAAGGUCGUUAUAAUAAAAGACAGUGGAAAGGCCGACGAUCCAUACGAACAGUUCAUCGCCUCUGGAAGGGACGAGCCUUGGACGUAUUUUCCUCAAAGGGAGGCCGAGUAUUCGCCUAUCACGUUGAACUUUACAUCAGAUAAGCGGAAACCUAAAGGAGUGUUAUACCAUGCCCGUGGAGCAUAUCUGAAUGCGAUAAAUGAAUCGUUGAUUAUGCAGAUGGAUCAAUCUAGCGUUUACGCCUGGUUAUUGCCAAUGUUCCAUUGCAGUGGCUGGACUUUCACUUGGGCAACAAUUGCAUCUGGAGCAACCAAUCUCUGUUUCAGAAAGCUGGAUUACUCCUUGAUAUGGGAUUCCUUUACACAACAUGGCGUUACCCACUACUGUGGUGCCGUAACCGUCCAUAUGUUCCUAUUCACACAUCCUAAGGCUCGAAGACUUGAGAGACCGGUUCGCCUAAUGGUAGCAGCUAGCGCGCCUUCUCCCACUAUGCUGGAGAUGGCAGUUAAGCUAAACUUUACCGUUUUUCACGUUUAUGGGCUCACGGAAACCUAUGGACCAGUUACCAUUUGCGAAUGGCAAAAUGACUGGAAAAGUAUGAGCGCACACGACCAAUCUGCGCUGCUGUCGCGUCAAGGGCACAACUACUUGGUGUCGGACGAAGUUCGAGUAGUGAAUGAAGAAACCAUGGAGGAUGUACCCAUGGAUGGCGAAACGCUCGGUGAGGUUAUCAUUCGAGGCAAUAAUGUCAUGUUGGGCUACUACAAGAACGAGAAAGCGACGAAAGAGGCCUUCAAAGGCGGCUGGUUCCAUAGUGGAGACCUUGCCGUCAAGUUUCCAGAUGGGUAUAUACAACUCAAAGACAGGAAGAAAGAUAUCAUCAUCAGUGGUGGCGAGAACAUAAGCACCAUUGAAGUUGAAUCAGCAAUAAUGGCACAUCCCAGUGUUAUUGAAGCCGCUUGGGGCGAAUCUCCAGCGGCAUAUGUGGCUCUGAGAGUAGGAGCAAAGACUACUCCAGAGGAGCUGAUUGCAUUCUGCAAGACCAAACUAGCUGGUUUUAAAGUACCGUUCAACCAUACCAUGUACAGGGUUAAAGAUCCCAAAAAGAGUAUCGAAUUCUACGAAAAUGUCAUUGGGAUGAAGCAUAUCAUUGAAUUCAAGUUCCCUGCUGCCAAAUUUUCUCUACAUUUCCUGGCUUUUGGAGUGCCUGAUCACAUUCUCAAAGGAACGGAUGAAGAAAAGCGAGCCUAUAUGUUCUCAAGGAGUGGAGUACUUGAAUUAACACACAAUUGGGGUACCGAAGACCAACCUGAACAAUCAUACAAGGUCGGGAACGCAGACGGUAUCGGGUAUGGCCAUAUUGCCAUCAUUGUUGAUGAUCUCGAUGCAGCGUAUGAACGCAUGAGUACUUUUGGUGUGAAAUGGAUCAAAAGGCCUCAAGAUGGAAACAUGAAGACUAUUGCAUUUGUUGCAGACCCAGAUGGUGCUCAGGAUGGCCGAAACAACAAGGAUGGCAACCUGUCAAUUGAUUUGACUCAAUUUGCCAAACAUCCAGCUGAGAAGCAAGAGAAGCAAGCUGAUGCAAUCUAUAAAGCACCAGUGGAACAGAUGAAACUCGAUUCUGAAAGGCAGUCGGACGAGGAAGAUGACGAUGAAACAGCUCAACAUUUGGAAAGUGAAGCAAUCAAUCAACAACUUGAUUCUUUCAUCUUGAAAAGAGCUGAUAAGAUGCCCAAAGCUAUUUUCUUCAUUAUACCCAACGAAUUUGCUGAGAGGUUUACGUUUUAUGGUAUAAGUCCAUUGCUCAACAACUACUUCAAACGAUACUUGGGGAAGAGGGCUGAAUCUGCUCUUGAAUUGGUUCACCUCUUCAAGUUUUUGGCAUACUUUACGCCAGUCAUUGGUGCUGCACUCUCUGAUUCAUACUUUGGAAAAUAUGUGACGAUCGUUGUGCUUUCAAUUGUCUAUAUUCUGGGCGUUGCUCUUUUGAGUCUAUUCUCAACGCCUGCUGUCAUGGGUUCUCCUUUGCCUAUUUGGGGCCCAGUGCUCUCACUGGUCUUGAUUGCUUUCGGAACUGGAGCUACUCCUGUCAUCGCUGAAAUGCAGUGCUUCGGAAGCCCUCAAAGCUACACGUCUGCAUUUGGUCUCUGCGCCCUCGUCAUGUUAAUGGCAACCACUCUCUUCAUUAUUGGAAAGCCCUGGUAUCGAAUCAUUCCACCACUUCGCAGAUUUAUUCCUUUCGAAGUGGCCAAGAUGAUUAUCAAGGCUACGUAUCGAAAUUUCAAGUUUGGUCGACGAGCUGGAUCGUCAUACUUUGAUAGUGUCCAGUCGUCGUUCCCCAAAUCUUUUAUAAGGCAAUCGACUGAACUGUUGAUUGUCGUGGGUUUGCUUACUCCUUGUGUCCUCUUUUGGCUUGGAUUUGAUCAAAAGGACAGUACAUGGCAAAACACUUACGAGAUGAUGAAUCAGGAUUGGGGAUCUCUGCACAUCAAUGCAGAGAUGAAUAGUAAUUUGAAUCCAGUAUUCAUCAUUCUUCUUGCACCCACCAUGUCGUUCAUAGUCUAUCCCUUCAUUGAAAAACGAUGGGGUACAUUCAGAUUGUUGGACCGCAUGAUUUGCGGAAUGCUACUUGCUGCUUGUGCCUUUCUUGUCAUGGCAUUCAUUCAGAUGCGAAUUGAUUCGAAUCCAGAUGCUCUCAUUUUCGAUGCGGCAGCUGGACAGUUUAUUUGUAAUCCACAAGAUCCGUCCAAGUGUGUUCAUGGUGCAUGGUCCAUGAUUCCUAUGUUCAUCAUAACUUGUGGCGAGGUUCUUUUCUCGGUAUCUGGUUUGAACUUUGCUUAUGCGGAGGUUGGGCCGCGCAUGAAGUCUUCCGCAAGUGCAUGGUGGUUGGUUAUGGUUGCACUUGGCAAUCUUGUCGCAGCUCUUCUUGCACCAGUAUAUGAGUCUCUAGGCCCUGCGAAAUUCUAUUUUCUCACUGCUGGGAUCAUCGUUGGAUCUCUAAUCAUCUAUUCUUUUAUGGCAGUAAAAUACGUCUAUCUUGCAGAUCGUUACAAAGAUUAA